AUGACUUCAUCGGAGGCCCAUCGGUUGACAUCACCCCCAACCCCGCUCGGGGCCGAGCUGGAUCAGGAGCUCAAUCCUCAACGUGCUAGCGAACUUACUUUGCAGCCGCCGCGGUCGUCGUCGUGCGAAAAAGACGACAUGCACGAAGACCACAUUAGCUUUCUCCGCACCGUGAAUGCCUUCCGCUCCUACAGGAGUCGGGCACUGGGCGCUCGGGAGAUGCGGUUAAACAACUUCAUGCGCUUUCAUCAGCAGCAUCAGCAAACUCUAUGUCUUGACUUGGAUCGUAUGUUCAGUACCUACCUCGAUUGCAUUGAGAGCAACAGUCGCUUUUUUGAAUCUAUCUGUAACGCAUCCACGGAACUCUUUGAUUCUUACUGGCCUACGGGCACCACGGUGCGGGAAGAGGAUGUCCCGGGGCCCACCCCGCUAGAUAUUGACAAAGUAUUUACGACACUCCGUCAGUUUGUACGGGACUGGUCAGCAGAGGGCGCCCCAGAACGGAACUCUGUGUACCUGCCGAUUCUCACUACACUAGAGGCUUCCUACCCCGAUCGCGCAGCAAGAGCGGGCGUUAAAAUUCUUGUCCCCGGCGCUGGUUUGUGCCGUCUCUCCGUUGAACUCGCUCUGCGUGGGUUUUCCGCGCAGGCAAAUGAGUUUAGUUAUCACAUGCUUAUCGCAGGGCACUACAUUCAGAAUCAUGUUGUUUCCUCUUGUCAGCACACUAUCUACCCCUACGUGGACAACACUAGCAAUCUUGUGAACCGAGAGGAUCAGUUUGCGGAUGUGCAUAUUCCUGACUUGUGCCCCUUUGAGGCUAUUGAUAACCUUCGUGCGGAGGAGCAGUAUUUCUUUGGUGAGCUUUCCAUGGUGGCGGGUGACUUCACAGAGGUUUAUGCCAGGGAACAUCAGCGCAAAAGCUGGAAUGCCGUGGUCACUUGCUUCUUCAUUGACACAGCGCACAACAUUGUGGAAUAUAUAGAGAUUAUUUACAACCUGCUUGUGCCAGGAGGGUACUGGGUGAAUGUUGGGCCACUGCUAUACCACUUUGCAGAUUCCUCAGAUGACGUGUCCAUUGAACUCUCACUGGGGGAGGUUCUCACGGUGGCGCAGCGCAUUGGAUUUGUUCUUCUCCGCCAACCGGAGUUUAUCGACACAACUUAUACGAAUAACCAUCGAAGCAUGAAGCAGCUCGUUUACAGAUGUGCUUUUUUUACACUUCAGCGCCCGCUUACAGCCGACAAGGAGCGAGAGCAGCAGGAUGGAAACCCCACUGCGACGAAGAUCUAA